GUUCACAAUCACCACAAAAGUACUCCCAUUUUCUCCGCUGUCAAGAAAAUGCACUCUUCCGGCCAGGACCGAGUACUCCCGAUCCAAUCGGGCCCCGAGUCCCGACCGUUGAAGCGCCACCACACGCCCCGAUACUACGCCCACCGGGUCAAAGAAAGCCUCACCACCCGGGUCUCCAAGAUGAUAUGCGCCAUCUUCUUGGGCCUUCUCUUCAUCGUCGGCUUCAUCACUUUCAUUCUCUGGCUCAGCCUCCGCCCCCACCGGCCCAGGUUCCACAUCCACGAGUUCUCGGUUCCGGGCUUGGGCCAAGAAUCCGGGUUCGAGAACGCCCAGAUAACGGUCAACGCGUCGGCCCGGAACCCGAACCAGAACAUAGGGAUCCGGUACGACUCGAUGGAGGGGUCGGUUUAUUACCGGGACCAGAAGAUCGGAACAAAGCCGUUGAUGCACGAGCCGUUUAGCCAGGAACCAAAGAAUACGACGGUGAUCGACGGCACGUUUAGUGGGGCCACGUUGACGGUGAGCAGCCAGCGCUGGAUGGAAUUCACGAACGACAGGGCGAGAGGGAUGGUGGUGUUUCGCCUGGAACUGACGUCCAUGAUUAGGUUUAGGGUUUCGUCGUGGGAGAGUAAGCGCCAUCGGAUGCAUGCCAACUGUGACGUCGAUGUGGGCCCCGAUGGACUUAUCUUGCCCGGUUCUAAGAAUAGGAAGUGCCCUGUCUAUUUCGCAUGAUUUGGAUCUUGUGUAUUUUUUUUUCUAUUUUUUUCUAUUUUUUUGCUUUUAUUAUGUUUUAAGAUUAUUGGGAUUUA